AUGGGGAAUGUUCCAGCAAAAGAAGGAAGAAGUAGGUCGAGUACCCAUUCUUCAGGAACCUCGACAUUGAAUACUGAUUCACUAGCAACUAGGUCAGGAAGAAGAAAUACCGUAUCAAGUGUAUUUUCAUCAAAUUUAAUUGAUAGUAAGAAAACUAAGAGGCAGGAAGAGAAGGAUAAACAGAGGGAAAUACACUAUCUAGAUUUAAUUGUUCGAUUUAAUGAAAAUGUUGAUGGCGGGUUUUUGGCCCCUUACGGAACCUACAAGUCUAACUUGGAUUAUGAUACAGAGGUAGUGAGGAGAUUGAUAAUCAAUCGUCAGUUGGCACCCUUCUACACCCCGUUGCAGGAUUUUGACGAUAAUUGGUCGGAUGAAGAAUUAAUUAUUUUAUUGUCUCAGUUAAGUUUACAUUCGAUAGAAACAGCAUAUUCAGAUACGGAAGAGGACGACAUGGAUGACCAUAAAAUCCAUAAGUCCACCAAUUUCUUCAGAAGGCAAGAACAGAAAGCAAAGUUGAUUUCGUUGAUAAAUAGAAUCAAGGAGAUCCAAAAAUCGGAAGAAAAUAGGUUUUUAGAAGAGAAAUUAAAGGCUAAAAAUGGUGGAGCAAACGUAUCGCCUGAUAUACCAUCAAAGGACUUGUUGUUGAAAUUAUAUCGCAAUGCGUCUGAAUGUCCAAUUUGCUUUUUGUAUUAUCCACCACACCUUAAUUUAAGUCGUUGCUGUCUUCAACCUAUAUGUACGGAAUGUUUUGUUCAGAUUAGAAGGCUAGAUCCUCAUCCACCUCAUGAUGAUAGUUCAAAUGAGCCAGGAUCGGAUUCUUUACCGCAUACUUUGAUUUCUGAAUCGGCAAAUUGUCCAUAUUGUGCAAUGCCUGAUUUUGGAGUUACAUAUAAUAUUCCGACUGAUAUUUGUACUGGCAUUAACGGGAAUAAACCCCACUCCUACACGCUUCCUUUUGAAAGCAUCCCUGAAGAUACGGCAGCCAUCUCUACGUCACCAGGAGAAAUCAAGAAUAAUGACAUAUCGACUGUUAAACCUACUAAGCCAAGAAGAAGGUCCUCGGUUGCUGCAGAUUCCCCGGGCGUAAUAACGAUAGACAUGAUUAGACCUGAUUGGGAACAGAAAUUAAUAUCAGCGAGAAAUAAAUUAGCUAGAAAAUCUGCUACUGCAAGUGCUAUACACGCGUCGAACUUAUUGAUUAACGAAGGGCAAGAAAAUGAUUCAUCGAGAAGGUAUUCGUCUGGAGAUAAUGGAAGAAGAUCUAGUAACUCUGAUUAUAAAUCAGUCGAAGAAAGGAUGAUUGAGGAAGCAUUAAGACUUUCCAUUCAAGAUGAGGAAGAACGGAAAAGAAAGGCAGAGAUAGAAGAGCAAAGGAAAAAACUGGAGAGCAAAUAA